GUUGGUUUCAAAAUUAUUUUAGACAUUACCGGAGAUUUCAAUGUCUGGUAAAUAAGUGGAAAAAGUGAACACUUGUCUCAUAAAUAGACUUUAAUUCGUAUGAAAAUAGUUGACUCAUCUGAAAGUUGGGUACAUUUGAGUGCAAAUUCUGUUUAUAAAAACGUACUUUUGGUAAAGAAGUUCAUCACUCGAGCAUUAAUUGUUCAAUAAAUCUUCGCAAGUGUUGCCACAGUUUUACAUAUCAAAGAUCAUUGCAUAUCAAUGGCUAUCAAAAGGGAUCGAAGUUUGUGCACCGGUAGUCAGUAUCACUUACCACUUCCAAGCGGCCCCUAUCCUAAUAUUGGUUUUGUGGAUAUUAUGACUGGAAGUGAUAAAAACGAUGGUAUAUUAGUUCGCGUACUCUAUCCGGCAUUGGAUCAGACGACAGAUAUUAGGACGCGGGUGAAGGAGUGGGCGAAGUGGACACCGCAUGACAAUUAUAAGGCGGGAUAUCUAAAAGUAGUUAAGUUACCGGAUCCACUCGUCCGGUUAGUGACCUCUUUGAGUACCGAUUACUUCAUACCAAUACUCGAGAACGUGGAUCCGCUUCGACCAGAAGGACAUGAGUUCCCUAUCAUUGUCUUCUCGCACGGACUCUCCAGCUGUCGGACCACUUAUUCUAGUGUUUGCACUGAAUUAGCUUCACAUGGAUUUAUAGUCUUCGUGGUUGAACACAGAGACGAGUCGGCGGUCACCACUUUCUACCCGUCCAGCGAUGGGUCAUUCAAAUGGCUUCCAUACCGUCACGUCAAGCUCUAUGACAACGACCUACCGAUCCGUAGGGAACAACUCGACCUCAGAGUCACCGAAAUUAAGAGAGUUAUAGAUAUAAUAAAUGACAUUCAAAACGGAAAUAAAAUACAGAAUGUCUUAAAGAGUGAGUUUAAAAUGGAUCAGUUGUCGGGUCUCUUGGAUCUCAACAAAAUCAUAUUAAUGGGCCAUUCAUUUGGUUCUUCGACUGUCAUCAAGUCGUUGACAGCCCUGGAUUGUGUGCCAAUCGGCGUGUGUUUAGACGCCUGGAUGUAUCCGGUGGAGGAGAAUGAGUCCAAUCUUGUGAAAGAACCCCUUCUGUUUGUAAAUAUGCAAACUUUUCAAAACAAACCAAAUCUCAAACGUAUGAAGGAUUACAUUGGAAUCAAUGGCACAAAUACUACCGACAGAAAAGUGAUUACAAUAAAAGAGGCCAAACAUACGGAUCAGAGCGACAUUCCGUUCACACUUCCGCCGCCACUCCUCUGGUUAUUCGGAAUGAAGUCAAAAGUGGAUCCGUUUGUCGCACACGACUUGACCACUGGUCUCGCACUUGACUUCAUUGCAGACAAACUUAAACAUAUUAUGACUGGAAGUGAUAAAAACGAUGGUAUAUUAGUUCGCGUACUCUAUCCGGCAUCGGAUCAAACGACAGAUAUCAGAACUCGGGUGAAGGAGUGGGCGAAGUGGACACCGCAUGACAAUUAUAAGACAGGUUAUCUAAAAGCGGUUAACUUACCAAAUCCAAUCAUCCGAGUGUUAACCGCUUUGGGUUCCGAUUACUUCAUACCAAUACUCGAGAACGUGGAUCCGCUUCAACCAGAAGGACAUGAGUUCCCUAUUAUUAUCUUCUCUCACGGAAACGCCGGCUGUCGGACCAGUUAUUCCAGUGUUUGCACUGAAUUAUCUUCACAUGGAUUUAUAGUCUUCGUGGUUGAACACAGAGACGAGUCGGCGGUCACCACUUUCUACCCGUCCAGCGAUGGGUCUUUCAAAUGGCUUCCUUUCCGUCACAUCAAGCUUUACGACAACGACCUACCGAUCCGUAGGGAACAGCUCGACCUCCGAGUCACCGAAAUCAAGAGAGUUAUAGAUUUAAUAAAUGACAUCCAAAACGGAUCUGAAAUACAAAAUGUCUUAAAGAGUGAGUUUAAAAUGGAUCAGUUGUCGGGUCUCUUGGAUCUCAACAAAAUCAUAUUAAUGGGUCAUUCGUACGGUUCAUCGACUGUAAUCAAGUCUUUGAUAGCCUUGGAUUGUGUGCCAAUCGGCGUGUGUUUAGACGCCUGGAUGUAUCCAUUGGAAGAAAAUGAUUGGUCACUUCUUGAGAAAGAGCCCCUUCUGUUCAUA